CGUGCAGCGGGUGACGUGUCUGUGUGAGCGAAGCGGCGGCGUCCUGCUCGCUCUCCCUGCGGAUGAGCGGCUUCUGACGGCGAACACAUCGGAUUUCUCCGCGCCCGAGGCUGGGUGUCUUUUGAAUGAAGCGUUAGGUCGUCGACUGAGCCAUGAUGUUCGUCUUUCUGCGCGUCCCCUGCGUCUUUUUCGUCCUUUUUCUAGGGGCGCCGUCUCUGCUGCGGCAGGCGGCUGGGUUUUAUCUUCCGGGUUUGGCGCCUGUCAGUUUCUGUGAAAAACCUUCAGAAGGAGACGAAAGCGCGAGAGAAUGCCAGGACAAGAUUGAGCUGUUUGUGAACAGGUUGGAUUCGGUGGAGUCAGUCCUGCCAUACGAAUACACAGCGUUUGAUUUCUGCACUGUUGAUGCUGAGAAGCGGCCCUCAGAAAACUUGGGCCAGGUGCUCUUCGGAGAGAGAAUUGAGCCUUCUCCAUAUAAGUUUUCCUUUAAGCAGAAGGAGGAAUGUAAGCAUGUGUGUACCAAGUCUUACAACACUGAAAAGGCAGAAGAUAAAGCCAAUCUGGACUUCCUUAAGAAAGGCAUGCUUCUUAACUACCAGCACCACUGGAUUGUGGAUAACAUGCCUGUGACCUGGUGUUAUGACGUUGAGGAUAAUCAGAAGUUCUGUAACCCCGGGUUUCCCAUUGGAUGCUAUGUCACAGAAGCCGGCCGACCCAAAGACGCCUGCGUUGUCAAUUCGGACUUCAAUGACAAGGACACCUUCUAUAUCUUCAACCAUGUGGACAUCACCAUCUACUACCACAUAGUGGAGAGUGAGACCGCUGUUGCCCGGCUGGUUGCUGCCAAGAUGGAACCGAAGAGCUACAAGCAGGCUAAGCCCGAUACUCCAGACUGCACAGGGCCUCCCAUGAGCCUCAGCAACAAAUUCAAAGGAGAAAUCAGCAUCCCUUACACCUACUCUGUACAGUUUCUGGUGGAGCAAAAUAUUCGAUGGGCCUCUCGUUGGGAUUAUAUUCUCGAGUCAAUGCCUCACACCAACAUCCAGUGGUUUAGUAUAAUGAACUCCCUGGUGAUUGUGCUGUUCCUGUCUGGUAUGGUGGCUAUGAUCAUGUUGCGGACACUGCACAAAGAUAUUGCACGCUACAACCAGAUGGAUUCAGUGGAGGAUGCUCAGGAGGAGUUUGGCUGGAAGUUGGUUCAUGGCGAUGUGUUCCGGCCGCCACGCAAGGGCAUGCUGCUGUCCGUGUUCCUUGGCUCUGGCACACAAAUCUUCAUCAUGACCUUCGUCACCCUCUUUUUUGCGUGUCUAGGUUUUCUCUCUCCAGCGAACCGUGGUGCUCUGAUGACCUGUGCGGUGGUGUUAUGGGUGCUGCUUGGAACUCCAGCUGGUUACGUUGCUGCCCGCUUCUACAAGUCGUUUGGAGGGGAGAAGUGGAAGACUAAUGUGCUUCUGACAGCAUUCCUGUGUCCCGGGGUUGUCUUUGCUGACUUCUUUCUGAUGAAUCUGAUCCUGUGGGGUGAGGGCUCUUCGGCUGCCAUGCCCUUUGGCACACUGGUGGCCAUCCUGGCACUCUGGUUCUGCAUCUCCGUCCCACUCACUUUCAUCGGAGCUUACUUUGGCUUUAAGAAGGCUAGCAUUGAGCACCCAGUGCGCACCAAUCAGAUUCCUCGUCAGAUUCCUGAACAGUCUUUCUACACUAAACCUCUCCCCGGCAUCGUGAUGGGUGGGAUCCUGCCGUUUGGAUGUAUCUUCAUCCAGCUCUUUUUCAUCCUCAACAGUAUCUGGUCACAUCAGAUGUAUUACAUGUUUGGAUUCCUCUUCCUUGUCUUCAUCAUCCUGGUUAUCACCUGCUCUGAAGCCACCAUCCUGCUCUGCUACUUCCACCUGUGUGCUGAGGAUUAUCACUGGCAGUGGCGCUCGUUCCUUACCAGUGGCUUCACGGCGGCUUAUUUCUUGGUGUAUGCUGUACACUACUUCUUCUCCAAACUACAGAUUACUGGACUGGCCAGCACCAUCCUGUACUUUGGCUACACCAUGAUCAUGGCCCUCAUCUUCUUCCUCUUCACAGGAACGAUUGGAUUCUUUGCCUGUUUCUGGUUUGUUACAAAAAUCUACAGCGUGGUUAAAGUGGACUGACUAAGCUCAACCAAUCACAGCCUAGACUGUACUUGCCUCUUACCAACAGGAUGCCCCUGGGUGAGCAGCAAGAGCGCUGUUGAAAAAUACGUCCCAUUGCCCCAGCUAACUAACGGCUGAAAGCUAGGUUCUACAAAUCUUCAGCUUCCAUUGGAGUGCGCGCGUGUGUAAAAACGCGUUUCAAUUUGUGAUUUCACACACAUGCUUAUAAAAACAGCACUCAUAACAGCAACAUGUUCAACAAAGAGCACACACAGCCACCAUUUUACAUUUUCCUCAACCAAUUGCAGGAUUAAAAUUUCAAAUUGAAAUUUGUAAAUAUUUUUUUUUGGCUAAGCGCAUCAACUGCAGACACAGGUAGCUGACAUGUUGAGCUGUUGCAGAAGUAUGAUUUUGUAAAUAUCUUGGUUUUUUCCAUAAAUGCUGAAAAAUGUCCAAAAAGCAGCAUUGAAAAGAAGACAGGCUGUGAGUUGUUUUUGUUUUUUUUUUUUUUUUUUUUGUUUUUUUUUUGUGGGGGGUGGGGUGGGUGUGGGUUGUUCUCUCUUCACAUUAUCAGUAAUGUUUCAGCGAUGCUCGUGUGUUAUUAACCAGAGAGGUUACUAUACUUUUAUUUAACACUUACUACUUUGUUUUAAUUUUAGUUUGUACUGUCUUGCUAUUCAUUUUCGCCUCAACACUCUUGUUUGUGCCUCUUGAUCAUAUGGAGUGGGGAAUUAAAGAAGGUCACCAUAAUGUGCUAAUAGUGAAUAAAGCUGGUGGGUGCUGAGUAGCUUGAUUAUGCUAAAUAGACUCACCUAACUUUAGUUCAGUGUUGGCAAAGCUUUUCUUGAUUAAAUGUUUCUGUGCGAGCCCUCGGUGCACAUGUAUAAACGAUCUCUGAUCUGUGAUCAGUUUUUGCCUUUCAUGUCCUGGUGAAUGCAGUUGGACGUUGAGGAGCUGGUCAGAGAUUAUUCAUACAUGUGGACCAUUUUCCCCUUUAUGUUGACUUGUACACAUUAGACUGGGAGAAGUAAUCAGUCUGUAUGUGGUUAUACUUGGUUUGAUAUCUUUGUUUUUGUUUCUGGGCCAUGUACAUAUGCAGACUAUGUAAGCAUAUAUGAGUAUAACUUAUAAUGGUUUGAUUUACAGUGACCUGUUUUUUUUCUUCACCAAUUUGAAAUAAUGAAGAAGGGGAAAACGAUGAAUGUUAGAAAUAAAAGUAUUUCCCUGUCUCAAAUAAAAUUAAGACUUUUUACUU